AUGGACACGGAGGAAAUCAAGGACACGAUUGUUGUGGCGUGGCCGCCACAGCCCAAGGUGGACGAGGACAAGGCUGCCGAGUCGAAAACCAGCCGGGACUCGAUCAACGUGGCGACAACCGGCACCUCGACCGCCGCGCCGCGCCCGGCGCGACAAGCAGAAGAGGCUCCCGCGCGGGCCUGCGGGUUCUGCAGGCAGUUUCUCAGGGGGGACGGGCCCUGCAGCCACGUGCGAGGGACUCGUCAGUCUGCCCAGCCGAGCAGAUAG